AUGCUAAACUCCCCCAAAUCCUUUCCGCAGUUCCCCCUCCUCCCCGUGGAGAUCCGGCGGAUGAUCUGGGCUGCCUCCCUCCGCCACCACAGUCCGCCUCGCCUCUAUGAGGACACUAGGGGAUCCCUUAUGAUACCCAUCGAUCGCUCAGCAAUGAUGGCUGAGGAACGGUAUAUCCUCUCUACCUGCCGCGAGGCCCGCGAUGUGGCCCUGAAGCUCCUUCCAGAUACAAUCGCCCUCGCAGGUGGCAGCAUGAUCCGCUAUAACUCGAGCGCCGCUGCCCCGACCGCCGGGCAGGGGCCGGAGCAAUGGCUCGACAUCCUCUCCAAGGCGCGUAACGCCGCGAAGUGUGAGUUUGAUUUCCUAGUGGUUCGGCCAGGUGGCAAGUGGGCCCAGGACGAGGACGACGGAAGCCAGCAGUUUUGUGGGCAGUUCUCCGACCCGUUCGGCGGUGAGGAUUACUUCUUCAAGGCGCAGGCCACGGACGGGUCCUGGUGGACUUACGACGAUCAGAAGGGUUUCCUGAUGGGGGUGUUCAUGUCCUUCCUCAGUGCAAAGGGUGGGGCGGUUCGCGAGCAGCUAGGGUUCGGAGGGGCUUUGGAUGGGAGACUGAUCAAGUUGUUUGUGGAUGUGUCUGAUAAUUGUUGA